GCAGCUGAAGCCCUUCCAGCUGCUCUUCGGCACUGCCGCAGUGGAGUCGGGCCCGACGGUCGUUUACUUGGCCUUGUCCAAUCCUGGCUACCUGCCGAUCCGGUUUUCCUUCCAGACGCCAGAGAACUUGAACCUGGAGAACGUCCCGUACUGGUGUGACGAGAAGGCCCUCGUGGAUGAGCGCGAGGCGCACUUCAGCUGGGUGGAGGAGCACGGUGUCUACGACAUUCAGCCUCGCAGCGGUGCGAUCCCCCCCGGGGACUUCUUGCAU